AUGGCCGCGGAGCGAGAGAUCCGGGCCCUCCGCGCCCAACUCGCGGCCGCGACGGAGGAGCUCGUCCUCCUCAGGGCCGCCGUCGGACCCUCCUCCGCCUCCUCCGCCCCCUCCGCCCCCUCGUUCGCCUCCUCCGCCUCCGCUUCCUCCUCCUCCUCCUCCGCCUCCGCCCCCGCUCCACCCACCCCCGCGCACCCCACCACCACCAACACCACCACCACCGACACCACCACCCCCCCUCACCAGCAGCCCCACCCACUGCAGUACGCAGAUGCGGCUGCACCAGCCGCCGCGGUGCUCGAUGCCCGGGCGGCGUUUUUUGCGGGUGUUGGCUUUCCGGGGGUGGGGUUGCCUGUCUUUGGGCCGCCGACGUUGGCAGAGGCGGUGACGGGGCCGUGCCCUUGGGCUCCGAGCUGUAGUGGGCGCCUCUCCAUCGCGGAGUCUAUCACGGAUUCUAUCACGGCUUCUGUCACGGAUGAAUGGGUGCUGAAUCGGGGACUGACAAAUAUCAUCCACCGCAGCUCUUGUCAGCCGGUGUCCGACAGCUGGGGUCCGACAGGGCUCACACCAGCCUACCGGUGGCGCAUGGGCGCCAAUGCACACAAGAACUUCUGUAUCGCCUACGAACCGUCGAACUCAAAGGUGGGGAUGUCGGACUGCAUGCGCAUAUCUCCGGACGGUUUCAUCACGUUCUUUAAGCCCAUCAAUUUCGGGAUCACCAUCCCCAUCACGGAAAGUGGCACCGGUUCUAGUUCGUUCAUCAUCGUCGACGGAAACGGCUCGCAUCGGGUGGCGAGCGGCGCCGACCUUCGACGAGAGCUAGGCCUUGCCCUUGAAACGGACGUUCAGCCCUGGUCGGACGCAUUGGGGACCAUCGAUUAUCCGACGAACAGCAUCGUGUUCGCGGGUUCCGACAACAAGCUGAAGGGCGUGCCCGCGCUGUUCUUUCCACCUGACAAGAACGCUGUUAUCAUUGGGACCAAGAAGACAUUGCCGAACAACGCCGGGCUGGUUGUGCACGACGGAAAGGACGUGCGCAUCUCAGGGGGCGCUAUAAUGCUCGACGCGACGCGAACAGCAUGUCCACCUGGCGGGUAG